AUGUUAUUUUAUAUUAUGUUUUAUCGCAUCAUACUAUUCACCCUCUCAAUAGUAUGUGACUGUACAGUAUACAACAACUACAAUAUAAGUGAGAAGAAUAGCAAUAUAAUCGUAGAAAAAUCUAAUAGUUCCAAUAAGUUACAUUAUUCACUAAAUAGCUCCAACUUUUCCCAAAUUAGUCCCAUCGAGGUAGACAAUGUUGAGAAUAUAGUAAAAUUCACAAGGCUAGUUUCAGAGGCUGAAACAAUACACCUGAAACUCAGUAACAUUUUGUCCGACUACUACUUUCGGAUCUUUUUGGUCAAUUUAGACUCAAAUUGCAAGUCAAAGCCAAGAAUUAACUCGUGUCCCUCACAAACACCAUAUCUUUCACUCGAUAAUAACAAAAAUCGUAAUAAUUUUCCAACUUUUGGCGUUCUUAAUACUCCCACCCACAACAACGUUAAUAAGACUGAAGUUGCCAAAUGCCAUGUGGAUAGAUGUAAUUCCCGUGAGGUACCACUAAGUAUAAUGGGUAACAGGAAGGAGAAUUACGUGUUGAGGUUUAGUGAUGGAUUGGGACGUGGAACUGACGGUUUCGGGUUCAACAGAGAGUUUUUGAACAGGAGUAACUUGGUUCAGGACAACUGCGUGUUUGUGGAUUUGUUAAGGAAUCCGCCAUCUUAUACAGGAUAUAGUGGCCAAGAUGACUGGAGAUUGAUGCACGAAGAAAUUGACAAAUGUGAUAACAUGAGCUGCAAGGAGAGUUUGCAUUUUUAUAAGUUGAUUUCUGGAAUGCGAGGCACGAUUUCAGCCUUUUCAGCCCUCAACUAUGAGUGCACAAACCCAUACGAGGCCUAUGAGGACCAGACUGAGCUUCCGUCAUACCAGAGUAACUAUCACUACUACUACAAUAAGCUGUCAAAACACAGAGACAGGCUGGAGAAUAUUUAUUACACUUACAACUAUAUUUUAUCCGCAGUCGUCAGGUUAAAGGGAUACCUGGACAAUUUUAAUAGUAACUUACAAUUGGUCAAUAAUGACUUAUAUUUACAUUUGAAAGAUUUUUUAAAUUUUAUUAACAAAAGUAAUAUCAGUACUGAUUCGAAUGGAGCAAAUCAUAACAACUUACAAACUGAGUGUGGUAAAGAGAUGGUUGAAAAGUUCGACCGGCUAAUAGAAUUGGUGAAUUGCGUCGAAUGUGAGAAAUGCAAAUUACACGGCAAAUUAAAGUUAUCUGCUAUUCAAACUUCUAUAAAGAUAUUAAUGACUGAUGUCGAUAAGCUGGGAGAGCUGGAUUUGAAUAGGAACGACUUGGUUGCACUGUUUCACGGACUGGACUACUUUGCACAGUCAAUACUGAUCAUUGAACGCUUCGAGCAACACAAGAAAAGAAGGAUCAUGCUCUACCCACUUAGGUUCCUACUCGGAUGCCUACUAUUCAUCGUUGUAAUAUAUAAACAGGAAAUACUUUCACUACCUAUUUUUAAACUGUAA